AUGAAAGCCAAAUAUUCUACAACGUUUUGGACAAAUGUUAGUUCUUUUCUCAAUCAAAAUGACUUGCUAAAUCUCGCUCAGACAUCUAAAUUCUUCAAAGAAGAGAUCUCAAAGCCAAGGUUAUACCAUACUAUACAUAUUAAAGAGAAUCCGAUUAUGAGGAGCGAAGUUCGGCAUCUUGAUUCUGGAAUUACUUAUGUCACGGGUUAUAGAGGUAUUGUGAAGACAAAUAAUCAAAAUGAUAUUUUUCUUUAUGAUAAGAUUGAACGUUUACUAGAGAAUUCUUCAUGUCUAGACCUUAUUAAGAGACUAACUAUAGAAAGUGGUCUUUUUCAAGACGAAAAUUCUGGAUUGCAAUUGCUGACGCAGUUAUUAGACAGGCUUAUCAGGAUUGGAAAUAUCGAAAGGCUAAUUAUUGAGGAUCAAAAGCUCUUUGACAUAUAUUACGAGCGUAUGUUACAUUUAGAUCAUCUCCAGGAAAUAUGUCUACUAAAUUUUGAACAUCUAGAUAGAGUAGCCUCGUUGAAAAAUUUGAAGAAAAUUACAUUUACUUUUCAAAGUUCUGACGUGACAAGUAUUCAUAUUGAUGAAGAGCAGAAGAAACGUUUGACUGCAGGCUUGGAAACCCUUACUCUUAAUAUGGCAGACUCCUCUAGUCUAUAUUUAACACAGUUCUUAGACUCUCAGGGUUUCAGGUUCCACAAUAUUCGCUCUCUCAAAUUUAAUCAUAUUCAUCAGCUGAGUGAUAAGAAAACGUCCUUUCAAGAAGUAGACAUUGAUCAUAUUAAUAGUAUUUUUAAUUUCGGACAAUUAACGCACCUAGAAAUGGAAGUUGGCUGCGAAAAUAAUGGAUGUGUCUGCUUGGACGAAUUUUUAAUGGCCCUCUCGCCAACGUUGCGAAGCCUUAAUAGUUUAGGAGUAAGACAAAAUCCUUCCAAAAAGAACCACUCCCAUUAUUCUGAUGAACAAUGGGACUUAUCCAUCUGCAAAUUCAUUUUAAGUAUACCAAAUGUAGAUAGUAAUCUGAAAUGUUUGAGUGUUCGACACCGACCACCGUAUAAUGGCAUUGGUGAGGACACAGUUGAAGGGAAUUAUAUUCGUAGAAGGAGGCUGUUUGAAGAGAUGUUACCGCACCUCCAAUAUUUGGAAAAACUCAUUGUGCCUAAAAUGCUGCAAUCUGUCAGCGCAUAUGAGAUAUUAGUUUGUGAUCUAUUGUGGAAUGGAUGUAAGUGUAGCCAUUGUAAUCAUUUUCUACCCAUAAUUGAUGAAUAUAUGAUGAACCAUCAGAUACGUCAGAGAAAUAGGCAGAAACAUGAGGAUAUGCUUCCCAAUAACCUUUUUGCAUAUGUUGGAAAUGCACUGGCGCGACGUUUCCCAAAAGACAGUGGUUGGGACAUUGAACUUUUAGACGCAGCGCCUGCACAUUACUUUUGGAACUUUCAUGGUUAUGAGGACAUACAACACUUUAAAGACUAUGAUUGCUAUUUUAAUGCGCAGUUUUUUCAAGCUUUAACAAAGUGCGUCGCUCAUUUUUUUGACGGAUACAUGUCAUUUGUCGUCCAAUGUUUACCAUCUCUAAAGUGUGCUCUAUUGUCAGGCAUCUAUUACGAUGUUAGCGGUUACUAUUUCAAGUCAAUUUACGAUUAA